UCCAAACUUUGUUCCUCCAAAGUUUUGAGUUUUGACAAUAGGUUAUAGCUACAGGGUCCUUGAAGAGAGACAUUUUACCUCCAUUGUUGAUUGAAUUCAACAAAAAGCGCAUAGUUUUUGGAUUCAGAGCUAAGCAAAAAGCGUGAUUGUGUUGUUGCGUAGAGGCAGAAGAUGGCUGAUGAGACAGAGAAACCUAUUAGGUUACUCAAUUUCGUCUCGGAGGAACAGUUAGAUGAAUCGAAGAAAGAAAGAGGUGAAAGAGUUGAAGAUGGAACAUUCCAGAGAGACAGGGCUCUCUACGAGAUUUUGAAAGAGAACAAAGACAAGAAAGACGCUGAGUUUAAUGAACGAUUCAAGCAUAGACCACCCAAAGCUCUGGAUGAAGAUGAGACUGAGUUUCUUGAUAAACUGGAAAUGUCAAAGAGGGAAUAUGAACGACAAUUGGCUAAUGAAGAGGAAGAACAGCUUCGUAGUUUCCAGGCAGCGGUUGCAGCACGAUCAGCAAUCCUUCACGAACCAAAGGAAGCAGCACCUCCACCACCAGCUCCAAUCACCAAGGAACAAAAACCAACCGGGAAGAGAAAUCCUGCGACUCGUCCAUUUAAAGCGAUCAUAAAAGUCAAGCCACAACCGAAGAAGGCUAAAGCGACAGAGAAAGAAGAGAAAGAGAUCCCAUGGAAUGGAAAACCAGCCAGCCAAAUCGACCCGACUUCUUUAGAUUCCGCAAAAGGCAAUGUCACAGGUAAAACUGCUGAAGCUCUGCAAACAGGUUUAGGCUUAGUCUCAUAUAGUGAUGAAAGUGAAGACGAUGAUUAACAUUUUGUGUUACUGGCUCAAGAAUCUAUAUAAACAUUCACAAUGAAUCGAAAAAUUGAAUCUUUUGGUGUCA